GCUAUCUUUGCGGCAUUUUGUCGCUAUCUUAUCGCAUCGCAAUCUUUUCUAGCCGACAGUGAAAAUCACUAUAACCCGAAAAUAAGUGAACCAAAAUUGAUGGCGGAAGUGUCUCUAGAUAUCAACCGACCAGUUUCAACUGAAGCUGCUCGCUGCGUUCUCCGGAAAUCUAAUCUGUAUGGUCAUGUUGCCAUAAAAAACCAUUCAUAUCAGCAGUAAAUCAGAAGUAGCGGCUUGAAUUCGCUAAACCCCACGUAAACAAACCGCUGGAGUUUUGGAAACAGCACACAAAGUGGUGUUAGUGUUUUUAUUUUGACAACGAAGUACCCUAAAAACUAUGGGUUCAUUCAUUCGUGAAACGAGCUUAUCAAAAGCCGGACAGCUUUCGGACGGUUUACAAAUGAAUCGUCAUAAUUUAAGCACCUUUGGUAUAGAAAAAACGCGUGAGGAACUUGCUCAGGAAUCCUCGCCAUGGUUUGUCAACUUCCAGGAUCCGUUUGAAUUAUACCGCGUCCAACCGAGCUACAUCUGGUGCCAGGUUGCCUUCAUAAUCGGGGCAUUGUUCUCUCUGAUUCAUGCCUGCAAACGUGGCGGUCGGUGGCCAUAUCUCCUUUUGGGAGCUCUCUGUCAUGGAUUGGUCGUUGAACUUAUCACCUACUAUGUACCGAGCAUCGAUAACUUUUGGCACUCGAAAACCCCAAUAGAUUUCUUCGGGCACCGAUUACCGCUGUACAUUAUUUGUCUUUAUCCAGUGUACUAUUAUCAAGCAAAUUAUGCCGUAUCUAAGCUGCAUCUGAAAUGUCGAUGGUCGGAACACAUGGCUGCCGGUCUGUUGGUCGUACUGAUCGACUUUCCGUACGACAUUGUCAGUGUAAAAUUCGUACACUGGACUUGGCAUGAUACCGAUCCCAACAUUGCGGAUCGUCACUACUGGGUCCCAUGGAAUUCGUACUAUUUUCAUGCCACGUUUGCUUUCGCCUUUUCGUUUCUGUUUCACAAUGUGAGAAAGUGGAUUGACCGUCGCCCCCUGGAACGAUGGCAAGCCGGGACAGUUAAAGCCGAGCUCGCAGCUGUUCUGGCCGUUGCCUUCCUGUCGUUCCCCGGCGGGGCUUUGCUGUUCAUACCGCUGUAUCAUCCCUUCCAUGACUUUUUCAAUGUGCCAACCGAGGUGACUUGCGUUACGCUGCUGUUCGUUUUCCUGACCGUGCUAUGGAAGUUCGAUCGGAAGAGCAAUCGACGGUUGCCAGAAAAACUGGAUGUGACGGGUCGUGCAUUGAUGUUUCACCUGAUUCUGCACUACGCGGCCUUCUUUGCGAUGGUCGUUUUUCUGAAUCCCGAAGACGUAGUGGCGGCUGGACUACACGAAAACGUCGGUGAUUGCCAAGCGAAAACUCCGGUCCAUACGGUGCUGAAAACGCUCGAGAAACGCACCUUCCUGUGUGUCGACGAUUACGAUGAAAAGUACUUUGAUUUUCACUGUUUGGAUAAACCACCGAAAGAUGGAGCCUAUUGGUACACUAUCUGCGGUACUCCAUUUGAAAACAGAGCCGAAUAUGUACUUGUGUUGUCGUUGAUUUCUUUCGUGGCGUUCAUGGUCUUCCGGACGAUUCACAUUGAUUACGACGUACGGUUCGAUAUUUACGAUCUAGUACGCAAACCAAAGAAAACCCGAUCGGAAGGUAAAAAGAACAAAUAAAUGAACAAAUGAAAUGAA